UUGUAAUUUUAACAUUUUCCUUGACAUAUUUAUGAUCCUUUACAAGAAACAGGACUUCCUUUUCUACCGUAAUUUUCGCUUAUCAUUUUCCUCCAAGCUGAACGGAAACAUUAGAAAACACGUUUGAGUGCGAAAGCUUACAUGGCUUCAGAUUUGGAUACCCGCCCCAUCCCAAACCAGCCCUACGAUCCAAAGUCUUAAUUUUGCAACACCGGUCCUUCGGCUAUUCAAAUAUUACGCGUUUUCUCGCCUUCGUUUUCACUCAAACCCGCCAUCAACUUUCUCCUCCAUGGGAUGCAGAUCCAGCCAACCACACGAGUCCUGAUCUUACCUUGCGCACAAAUUAUCCAACGAUAGUUUCCUAGCUGCUUUUUUUCUCACGCACACUCUUCUGAUUAGGUUGCUAGGUUUUUGUUACUGUGGAGGAAGAACUACCACUGCAACUGCAUCUUUGUUUUUUGUUUUCAUCUAUGGUUGGAGGUCUUGUGAUUCCUACCAACAGUCCACAUUUACGGAAGUCUGGAAGCCGAACUGUUGUCUCUGAUCUUGAUGAAAAGGGAGCAGAAAAUGGUGUUGAUGAAGGUUUAUUGCAUUCCGUAGAGUUGAAUGAUUUGAGGGGUGUCACAAUACCAAUGACAAUGAGUGCUUCUGCAAUAAUGCCCUCGCCUAUUUUAUUAUGGAGAUUCAAGGUACUAAUGUUCCUCGGCUGGGGCUUCAUCUGCUGUAAGAUUGGAUGGGAUUCUGUCAUGAGAAUGAGUGCAGACAAGCGGGAUUUGUUUCUGUAUGAGGCAUUUUUGUAUUACAAUCCUCUUCUACUUGUGACAUUGAUGGUCUGGCUCUGGGGAAUCAACUUAUGGUUUUUUUCUCAAGCUGGUGUCAAUUAUGCAAAAAUAUUUGAUCUUGAUCAGAACCAUCUCUCUCACAGAGAAAUAUGGAAGUGUGCCAUGUGGAUGACAAUUGUUGUUCCAACCAGUAUGACUGCGUAUCUUUAUCUUUAUUCUCAUGGAGAAGUCUCAUACGCUGCAUCACAACCAGUUCUUUUGUAUGCUGCUGUUGUAAUGAUUUUGAUAUUCCCCUUUGAUAUCUUUUAUCUUUCAUCCCGGUAUUACUUUUUGAGGACACUCUGGCGUAUUAUAUUACCAUUACAGGCAAUAUCAUUCUGUGAUUUUUUCUUGGCUGAUAUUUUAACUUCCAUGGCAAAGGUCUUUUCAGAUUUGGAGCGUUCAGUUUGUCGAAUGGUCCAUCGACAGGUUGCUACAAUUGCUUGGUUAGAAGCUGAUUCUGUUUGUGGUAGUCACUCUAUUGCAAUUCCCGUGGCUCUUGUUUUACCAUACCUUUUCCGUCUGAACCAAUGUCUCCGACAGUACAAGGAUACUGGGGAGAAAACUACUCUUCUGAAUGCCUUAAAAUAUUCCACUGCAGUGCCAGUAAUUUUUCUUUCUGCCCUCAAGUAUCACGUCUUCCCCAAUAAUUGGACAAACUUAUAUAGGCCUCUCUGGCUUCUGUCGAGUGUUGUGAACUCGUUAUACUCUUUCUAUUGGGAUGUGACUCGAGAUUGGGACUUAAGUUCCUUCACUCGGAUAUUCAAAUUCAGCAAACCACAUCCAUUGUCCAAUAGUUUGCAUGGAAGAAGAUGGGUUUACGUUUGGGUGAUUGGAAGCAAUCUAAUUCUGCGUUGUGCAUGGACAUACAAGCUGUCUGCCCAUCUCCGCCAUAACCAUCUCACCGUGUUCACGAUUGCUUCCUUGGAGAUUUUCCGUCGCUUCCAAUGGAUCUUUUUCCGUGUAGAGAAUGAGUUGAAUAAAACGAAUACCAAGUUGCAUAUUCAGCUUCCAGCGAGUGACAUGUCAAGUGAGGAAGAAAAAUUUCUUCAUUCCAAUAAUGAUCACAGUGUAUAGGCAACUGAACAGCGUGAUGCCUUGGCAGCAUUAUUUGAUAUGUUAUCAAUAUUUUUGGGGAUAGUGGCUCUCUUUUCCAUCUUGUCAUUAAAAGUCAUCUUGCUUACAAAAUAUCAUUCUUUGUUCACAAAAAUGAACGGUGUAUUCAUUUAUUGAAGGUGUUACUUUAGUGGCGAGUGGCUUCAUUGUGAAACCAUUCCAUUGUAUCUGCUUGGCAGGCUUUCUGGGUAAGUAGUGGACAAGAUGCAUCUACAGCAUCUGAGUCGUUCAGAAAAGUUAUUACACAUUCCUCGAGUCUACUGCCAUCUAUCUCAAAGGUUGAAUAAUGAAAAUGAUAUAAUCUUCAUUCA